UUCAAAACGAAUAUAAGGGGUAGAUCUAGAGAGCAGUAUCACAAAAUCCUCCUCAACAAUCCCUGAUCAAGCUCAUCAGUCUUAAACAAAGACGUUAUCAUUCAACAUGAGAACCUUCUUUUUGCUGGCAUUUGUCAUUGGAGUGGCCUACUGUGCUCCACAAUUGAUGUAUUAUGAGCUAGAGUACAAACCGGUCCUGGCUCCACAGGCUCUUGCUGCGGCUGCCGCUGCAGCUAGACCUUCUGAAGUCGAAAUUCUCUUGGCAGCUCAGCAGGCUGCAGCUGGAGUUCCUGCUCAACCUGUCCGUGGCUUCAUUAAGCAUGAGAUUCCCCAGCCCGGAGGCAGAGAAAGCAUUGAAGUUCUGUACCCAUUCGGCUUUCCUCAAGCUGCUCCAGCUGCCCCUGCUGUUCCUGCUGCGCCUGCUGCCCCAGUACAGUCCAAACUGAACAUUUGCCCCUGUUCCAAAGGACGAUGAUGAUGACGAUCAUGAUGACUAAACCAGACUGAUGAACAGAUAAGCUGAGCACCAAUUCCUGAAUGACAAAUAAACUGCUUUGACUGCAUAAACCCUUUCCUGCAUUAGAAAUAAUGACGAUCAAUCAAAUGGUGCUUUCUCAGUGGCUUGAUGCAUGAGAGCCAUAAAAAUCAACGCUUUUUUGCUACCAUGUUUUUAAAUCUUGAUUUAUAAUAAACCGUUCAAUCAAU